CACUCAUUCUCUGCACUACCACCCUCUCUUCUUCCCCACCGCGACACUGCGACACUGUCUCAUUCUCCUCUCCAUGUCGCAUACAAGACCAACGCCUCCGUGUUUGCUGCAUCCCGCCCCGCGCUGGCCAGAAGGCUAAACACGGCCGCCCGCCUCCGCUGUCCGCGACAUCCUCCACUUCACCUCCGCAAACACCCCUAGACUCUACGCACACACCAGAGACAGCCACGACAAAGAAGCGAUGAAUGACGAAUAUUUACCACACCGCGCGCGCUACGCACCCACCGACCACGGUACGCUCAUAUCAGAUUCCUCAACCUCCCUUCGGUCGCAGCUUCUUGCCGGCUUGGUUCUAGUCUAUGUGGUCUUCAAGUCCCUAGAGCUUCUGGGAUACCCGGUUUGGCUUUGGUUACAGAUUGCUGUGGAUAUGGCUAGCCAGACGACGUCAGUUCCUAUCAGGCUGCCGCGCUUUCCUUCCUCAUUCCUUCUUGGAACGUCUGGCGAAGAGCCUGGUGCCGACGACGACACUCAGAAGCAGACAGGUCAUAUACUGGGGACCCUCUUCGGGUUUAAUAGGAAUGGCUUCGUGAGGAGUGGAAAGGGCUCUAGCGAUGUACCUCCUGGUCUGAUUAACCUUCAUGCCUCGUGUUUCGAGAACAGCGUUGUGCAGGGCCUAGCGUCACUUCCUUCUCUACAAGACUAUCUCUCCCACACCACCUCCGAGUACGAAGCGUUGGACUUGAGAACUACCAACGGCGCCCUCUUCGAUUGCAUCACCGGCCUCAACGACACCGAGCACGGCCGCCAGUAUUUCAAAGUUCCACACAACUUGCAUUUCUUGAGCGUCACCCAGCAUCAAGAUGCUCAGGAGUACUAUUCUAAGAUUUUAGAGGCACUAGAUAAGGAGGUUCAUGUCCAGUCGUCGAGUAAAAACCGGUCAGGGCAAUCUUGGUCGUUGUUUGCGAAGCAGUUGCUCAACCUCCCUACAGCAGCCGCUGAGCUCGGGUCUCCUGAGAAUAAUCAUUCCCAGGUGGAUGGAGGCCCACCCGAGGAGCAGCCAAAGGACCAGGACCAGGAUAUUGACACGGAAAGCCGGCCAAAGGCAGACCCAAAUCCUCUCAGCGGCCUCAUCGCUCAACGCGUAGCCUGCACUGGCUGCGGCUACUCCGAAGGCCUCACACUCUCCGAAUUUAACUGCCUUACAGUCCACCUCGGAACAGACAUCUACCGUGACUACGACAUCCGCGACUGCCUCGAUGAAUACAGCAGAGUCGAGAGGAUUAACGGCGUACAAUGCACGAAAUGCACGCUCCUCCGGAACAAGAAAAUUCUCUCCAACUUGCUUGAAAAACCCAUGGCAGAUGACUCAAGGAUCCGUUUUGAAACUCGUCUGAAGAAUGUGCAGGAGGCGCUCGAUGAGGACGACCUUGAGGAUUCUACGCUGACGCAGAAAUGCGGGAUUGCAAAGAAGAAUAGAACGGAGAGCACGAAGACGAAACAACAAGUCAUCGCUCGUGCACCAAAGUCGCUCGCUCUCCAUGUUAAUCGCAGUGUUGUCGAUGAACGAACUUUCAAUAUUGUCAAGAACCACGCUAAUGUCAUGUUUCCGAAGGAAUUGGACCUCGGUCCUUGGUGUUUGGGCAGUCGGCCGUCAAAGUCUCAGGGAAAUGACGGGGAGGUGGAAGAGUGGCCGAACGAUCCCAACGAGAGUCUGAUUGCGGAUAUGAACGUGGAUCCUAAGGAUAUGAAGACCUCAUCGUUUCGCUAUGCGCUGAGGGCGGUGGUGACGCAUCGAGGGCAGCAUGGAAGUGGACAUUACGUGUGCUUUCGAAACACUGGGCAACUCCCGUCUACGCACCGCGAUGUGGAUAGCAUGGAUGUUGCGGGUGGAUUCGACCAGUGGUGGUUAUUCGACGACGAGACAGUCUACCCACGUUCAACGAAGGAUGUUCUCGCACAAGGAAACGUCUUCAUGUUGUUCUACGAACGCAUUGAUCCAUCGCCAAGCGUAUCUCUCGACUUCUUAAAUGCGACAAAGAUCGCUAAGCUGCCACCAAUCGAGGUCGUGGCACAGAUCCCGCUUCCGGAUGACAAUUCUGAUGAUUUCCUGCUUACACCCCCAGAGUCUCCUAUUCUUCGUCCAACGUCCCACAACAACCCUCCUAUUCUCCGCGGAGGCUUUGGAGAGCCUGAAUCUCCCGGCUCUAUAUAUCCCACACCUCCACCCGACGAAUCAGGCACAACCACAUUUAUAUCAGCGUCUGCAUCUGCAUCUGCAUCCACAUCCACCGACUACCCACCCUCGGAACUCGAAUCUGAUGCAGAUGUCUCUGUCACAACGGAUACCGAUACCUCAGAACUUGAGACAAUUCCUACGACAAUCUUCCCCCCAACAAAGCCUCCGACUCCGCGUCAUAUGCGCACGGCCGGAGAUUCUCCUAUGAGAGGGGAGGGUGGGCGUGCAGCUAGCUUGCCGAUGGUUACGGCCUGAUGGCCUGUUUUGUGAUGUAUGAAUUAGAUUUGCAUUGCAUGGAUGGCGUUUAGUAUUUGGGUGGGGUAAUGGGUUCGAUUAUUGAUUAGCUAAUUGGGUGGGUGACGUUUGGGUUUGGGUUUGGUUCAUGGUGUUGGAGGGGGUCUGAUAUUAGUAUAUCCGGAUGGGACUGGUCGCGUAGGUUGGUAUGGAACACAGGACACGGGGAGUUAGUCUUGAGGCUUGUCUGUUCACUUCAGAUAUUCAUGUAUUGCGGCCUUCCAUUGGGCGGGUAUUAUUUUGCUCUGAGGCAUGACAAACUACCUUGUACUUGGCCACCCUCAUUGAUCACUGGUUAUCAGGUUGGGAUCAGCGAGGGGAUCGCCUGCACGGUACCACAUUAC